AUGAGGCUGGCCAGUGUUGGGGCCCGCCUUCGACGGGCGGCAGAGCCAUCUGAACCAGAACCGGAACCAGAACCAGAACCGGAACCGGAACCGGAACUGGAACCAGAGCCAAUCCCAGAGCCGGAGGAACAUGAACAUUAUCAUCACCAUCAUCACCUAGCACCACCACCACACCACCACAACUUUGAGAACAUGAAGACGAAAUUCAUGAACGAAAUGGGACAUUUAACCCUGCCCAUGUGGGCAGUGGGUGCCAUAGUUGUUGUGGUCCUGCUUCUGGUGGGCUGUUUCGCUUACUGCGUCUUCAAAAAAUGCUUCGGAAAAAAGAAGAAAUCCAAGAAAGCCAGAGAGAGGAAGGGAGGAGGUCGCAGGAGGAAAGGGGCAGAGGAGGGUCAAGGAGAAGGAGGCCCAAAAGAGGGUGAGAAAAAGGAAGGAGAGGAGGAGAAAGAGGAACAGGAGAACGUGGGCAAACUGGAGUUCACCUUGGACUACAACUUCACUGAUGCCCAGCUCAUCGUGGGUAUACUUCAAGCACAAGACCUGGCCGCCAUGGAUAUUGGGGGCACUUCAGACCCCUAUGUCAAAGUCUACUUGCUGCCAGAUAAGAAGAAAAAGUUUGAGACCAAAGUGCAACGGAAAAAUCUGUGCCCGGUCUUCAAUGAGACCUUCACUUUUAAGAUCCCUUACGCUGAACUGGGAGGAAAGACUCUGGUCCUUCAGGUGUUUGACUUUGAUCGCUUUGGCAAACAUGAUGUGAUUGGUCAGAUAAAGAUUCCCAUGAACAGCGUGGACCUGGGACAGCCUCUACACGAAUGGAGAGACCUGGAAAAUGCGGAGAAAGAAGAGCAAGAGAGACUGGGAGACAUCUGCAUCUCUCUGCGCUACGUCCCCACAGCGGGAAAACUCACCGUUAACAUCAUGGAAGCCAAGAAUCUAAAGAAGAUGGAUGUGGGUGGUUUAUCAGAUCCAUUUGUGAAGAUUGUGUUACAGCACAAUGGCAAACGUCUGAAGAAGAAGAAGACAACGGUGAAGAAGAACACCCUGAACCCGUACUUCAACGAGAGCUUCAGUUUUGAGAUUCCGUUUGAGCAGAUACAGAAAGUACAGCUCCUCAUCACUGUUUACGACUAUGACAAGCUUGGAAGUAACGACCCAAUUGGUAAAACCUUCAUUGGAUAUGGUGCCACAGGGGUUGGCCUGAAACACUGGUCAGAGAUGUUAGCCAAUCCGAGGCGUCCUGUUGCCCAGUGGCACACCCUCCAGCCGGAGGAGGAAGUGGAUGCAGCCCUGAAAGCACCCCAUCGCUAA